AUGGUGGCUCAGUAUCUUGGAUUAGGAGCGGCACCUCAGGACCCUGUGGCAGUCUACGAAGUGGCCAGACCCGGGAUGACGCCCUGGAGGGAAUCCGGGGCGAAGAUUCAAGACGUGUGCUCCAAAAUUAUAGAAGAUAAUGACAAAUUUCAAGUAAAUCUCGACGUCAAGCACUUCGAGCCCGAAGAAAUUUCGGUGAAAAUCGUGAAUGGUUGUUUCAUAGUCGAAGCCAUGCACGAGGAACAAGCGGAAAAAUACGGCUAUACUUCGAGAAAUUUCAAGAGGCGUUAUCCCUUGCCGGGAAGCGUCGAUCUGGAUGCGGUGACAUCCACACUAUCUUCAGACGGAGUAUUGAGCAUCACGGCACCAAUAAAAAAACCGACGGAUGCCGAUGGAAGGAUCGUCCCCAUCGUUACCAUAGGGCCGAUGGAGAAGCAAGAGAGGAAAAAGCUAUUUGCGAAAUUC